GGACCAACAAAAAUUCAAAAUAGUAAUGCAGCAAAUACAUCAAUAUGUGAAAGGUCCAAUAUACCCUUCAACUUCUCCAAUCCAAUGAAGAAGGAAAAUCUUGGUUGGUUUUUGUGUGUUUAUGAGCUCAAGCAUGAGGAGAGGAUAACUCUUGGGGACAAAAAACAAAAGAAAUGGCCGUUAAAUCUCAACCAACAUCAUUCAUUAGAUUAAAAAAAAAACGAAAAAGGAAGGGAGAAAUUGCAAUGGCAACUAACGCCAUCUGUUCUCCUCCACUCACAACUUCAGUCUCAUCAUCUUCAUCGAAAAAUCUCAUCUUUGCAAAAAAGACUCUAGUUUUAUCAUCAUCAUCAUGCUCUGGAAUGGGAGCUUCAAAAUUGGGCAAGUUAUCAAUCAAGAAAAGAAGCGGCGAGAGAUUCGGAGUGGUGAAAUGCAUGGCAUCUGCUGCGCCUUCUGUUCUUCCAAAAGCCCUCUUGUUCGAUUGCGAUGGCGUGUUGGUUGAUACUGAGAAAGAUGGGCAUCGCGUUUCUUUCAACGACACUUUUGCUGAAAAAGAGUUGGGAGUUACAUGGGACGUCGAUUUGUAUGGUGAGUUGCUGAAAAUUGGGGGAGGAAAAGAGAGGAUGACGGCCUACUUCAAUAAGGUCGGGUGGCCAGACAAGGCGCCAACGUCUGAACAAGAGAGGAAGGAGUUCAUAGCAUCUCUUCACAAGCGAAAGACUGAGCUGUUUAUGGCGCUGAUCGAGAAGAAACUGCUGCCUCUUCGACCUGGUGUUGCAAAGCUAAUAGACCAGGCACUCGGAAGUGGAGUGAAAGUUGCUGUGUGCAGCACUUCAAAUGAGAAGGCGGUGUCUGCUGUAGUUUCCUUCUUAUUAGGAGCUGAGCGAGCAGAACAGAUUCAGAUAUACGCUGGAGACGUGGUUCCUCGUAAGAAGCCCGACCCAGCAAUCUACCUGUUAGCUGCAGAAACAUUGGGCGUCGAACCUUCAAGCUGUGUUGUGAUCGAAGACAGUGGGAUUGGCCUUGCAGCUGCCAAAGCUGCAGGAAUGAAGUGUAUCGUGACAAAGAGCGGGUACACGGGUGACGAGGAUUUUGAAAAGGCGGAUGCCGUUUUCGACUUCAUCGGAGACCCGCCGGAGGAACGGUUCGACUUGGCAUUCUGUGGAAGCCUCCUUGAGAAACAAUAUGUUGGUUAAAGAGAACUCAAUUGUACCAUUUCUUGAGGUUUUAUUCCCUCUUCUUACAUAAACAUGCUCGAGUUUCUAAGUUACUCACAUUCUUGUAUAAAUUGUUUGAGUCGAAGCAAUGGAGUUAAAACAUCUUUUUUGGCC